UACUUGUCCUCGUGCCCCCUGGAUGCUUGUCCGGUUGUAUGUCGGUGCCAUUCGAACACUUGGGGUCGCAUAGAUCUUCAGCGAGAUGGUGAAUUUCGCGGAUCGGGUGAUGGUUGCAAUGUCGUGAUCUGUGGAGCUUAGAAUGAGCUAUGUUUGAUUUCCUUCGCCGAGGAUUGGGCUUCGCUCUCGUACUUCCGAAGCCUGUAAUUUAAGGUUUGGGAUCAGUGGAGAUCACGGAUUUUACGUGGCCGGCAAUCUCUCCGAAGGGAAUCAUUAGAUACAGUGGGGAUCUCUCUUCGUUGUAUCUCUUGGGUCUAGCAGCCUAUCUACCAUGAGUAUCAAACGAAGUUGUAAAGCUGGCAUAGUAGCUAUAUAUUAUCUGCUAGUAAUUGGAUCGUUAUGCCAUCUAGUUUAUGGAAUUCGUGAUCCCGAAAAUUCUUUGAAGAGAAAUAAUGUCGAGGAGAAGCCAAGGAAGUUGGCAACAUUUGCUCUCGGAAGUUUCUGGAGGGGAGAAGCUGUGUUUGGUUGUCUGCCUGGCGUGGUGAGGACUCGGGUGGGGUAUUCAGGAGGAUUGAAAGUCAAUCCUGAUUACCACAACAUGGGUGAUCAUGCGGAAGUUGUUGAGAUUGAGUACUAUCCCUCUGUCAUAAGAUACGAACAAUUACUGGAUGUUUUCUGGGCAAGUCACGAUCCUACUCAGACCUUUGGACAAGGUCCGGACGUUGGAGAGCAAUACAGGUCAAUCAUAUUCACCCAGGAUAGUGACGAGGCCAGGCUUGCUGGUCUAAGCAAGCAGAGAGAACAGUCAAGGUUGGCGGAUCAGAGGGUACUCACAAGCAUCAAUCCUCUCGCUAUCUUUUAUCCCGCAGAAGCAGAACAUCAGAAAUUCGUCCUGAGAAGGAAACCGUUGCUGCUUCAGUUACUGGGUGAACUAUCUGAUUUUGAGCUCAUAAAUUCAACAACUGCGAGCAAGAUGAACAGCUACGUUGCUGGCAUGUGUCCUCAACCGGUCGCAAAGCUGAUUGAAGCCAAAGUUCGCCCUCUGCUGAAUAGUAGACCGAAGUUGCUUCGACUUUUUGGGGAAUAACAAGGUGUUUCUAGAAGGUGCUCUCCUGGUUAUAUUGAUUCUAUUCAAGUUAGAAUGACCAAAUGUAUAGUCUAUGAAAAUUGAACCGGUGAAUUAUCUAAAAGUCUGCAAUUUUGUGCGGCCAGUCAGCAGGCAAGGCUUCAAACGUACGAUCUGCUAUAAUUUUCUACAUGUGUUUCAAUUAUGUAGAGUCCAUUGUAUACAAUGUUUAUAAACGUUUCUUGUACAAAAGGUGAUGCAAGGACAGCUGCAGUCCGUCAACUUACGUCAGAUGAACCUACGGUUCACCAAGUGAAUCGCCAGUAUUAUGGAACUUGUCUCUAAAUCUGAUGUAAUCAGUUGGUGACGGUGCAGCAUAGUGUGGCCAUGGCCUCUGGCUAAAGUUCUCUCUUUUAGGCUCUAUUUUAUGAGUAAAGGAGAUUGGUUUGUGCGAGAUUGCCGCAGUUUAAUGCAACUGUAACUUAAUCUUUGU